AUGGCCGCCGAGCCGCAGCAGGACUCCCCCUUCGAGGUGCAGGCUUCGCUGGGCGGCGAGGAGGCGCCGGAGUCCGAUCCAUCCCCCGCGCCGCCCGCGCCAGAGUCGUCCGAGCCCAUGGCCAUGGACCCGUCGGCGCAGGGCGGAGCAGCCAGCGCGGAGCAGCCCGGUGAUGCGGCCGGGCAGCCCGGCUCCGCGCCCAUGCCGGCGGUGUCGAGCGGCGGGGCGGAGCAGAUGGAGGUCGAGCCCGCCAACGGCGCGGCGGUGUCCGCGCCUGCAGGUGCGCCGAAUGUGCCGCCGCUUAUCGUGGUGCCCGGCAAGAGCUCCUCAGACACCGCAGACGGCGGCAACGGGCGGGCGGGGCCGCCACCCAAGGAGGAGUCCCCGAGAUCCGACGCGUCGCCCAACCAGCCGCAGAAGAGCCCGCCGAGGCCGAGGAAGCCCCACCUUCAGGGCCGCUUCAGCGGCCGACUGGAGACGAAGGACGACGAAAAGACGCUUCAGGAGGAGUGCCGCGCUCUCGGGCCCCUUGUCGGCGGCGCUGGAAAGAGGGGCGAGAAGAGCCGCAUGACGCUCGCCAAGAUCGUCCGGGCAAUCGCAACCGGAGAAGUCAGGCGCCACUGCACAAUGCGAGAGGAAAAGAUAACGGAGCUCCAGGAGAAGCUGAAAACCAUGGAGGCAGUGUACAGACGCGAAAUGGAGCUCUUGAAGCAAGACAACAAUGCACUUCGACUGAAACUGGAGCUGCAGGGUGCGGACGAUUUCAACCAUCGCCAGAUUCCACACAUGCUGCGUCCAGGUGUCAAGGGCAACAACUCCCACGAACCCAGACAGGUGAUCAUCACCCCUGCAACAGUCCCUCCAAUGGUGGUCGUACGGAAUGGCCCCAAUGCACGGUACAGUGGCUCUGAAGCCAUGACCUCGAUCGCUGGGGGGGUGCCCCCUGCAGAUGCUCCGAUCCCCUUCCUUUUACCUUCAGCACAAGGUGCACAGCUGCAGCAGAUCCCGGCCAACAGCCCCAUGGCUCGGACAGGGCGGGUGGCACAACUCGGCUCCUUGGGUGCUGCAACAGCGGCACAGGCACGUGCUCUGGCCCAGGUGGGCUUGCGGGGUCCAGAUGCUGCUGGCAAUCUCUCUCUGAAGAGGAAGCUACAAGAGAUGCAGGGUUCUGGUGGGGAUCGUGGGGGCGAUGGCGGUCGUGAGGAAGCCAUGCAUCGUCGACUCGCCGUGUCUCGGGAAAUGGCACUUCCCGAGGCAGUCGCAGCGUCAAGCGGACUGGCCGCAAAUCGCAACGAUGGGUUGCUCAGGGCAUUCCAGAUGCAGGCCACCAGUAAGGCACCGCAGGUUUUGCAGGUGUUGCCAGCCCAGGUGUUUCCUGUAUCACAGGAUGCUUCUCCAACAGCCUUCGGCAACACAGCCAGGGGUGGAAGUCUGCCACAACAACAGUUUGCCUUCCUAUCUGUGCCCAACUAUGCACCUGGAGAGGGUGUAAGCAACCCAGGAGUGACACCCGCACUGAACCUUCUGGGCGCCCAGUCAGGCCUGCAGCAGCGGCACAGCGGGGCCAAUGACAUGCACACCCCCACUGUGGCCCUCACGUUGGGGGACGAUAUGGCUGCCCAACAUUUCUCCCAGCAGGCUGGCUUCUCUGGCCAGAAGGCAGUAAUCGUCAGCAAUAUUCAGGCAGCCAACGCUGCGCUGACAUCAACAGGCCCCUUUGCAUCACAUCUGCUGAGUGGCCAGAUAGGCUUGGACAAUGUGAUUGGCCACAUUCCAUUGUCAGAGGCUCUGGCCAGCAGCGCGCCCAUGGUGAUCGGCGGAAGGGAAAUGGCCCCAACACUAGAAGAUUCAGCCCUGUCCGCCCCUAUGGAGACUGAAAUGGACCCCAACAUUAUCGAGCAGCUGAAUGCUGGUGAUCUGGACUUGUCGACUGUGGCUGCAACCAUCCCAAUCCUUCAAGGCGCCGGAGGUGGGGCACCGAUAGCAAUGAUGCCUGCUACCCAAGUCCUGAGAAUGAGCUCUGAGGCUGGCAGGCCUGUUGGCUGA